UCCAUGGUCCAUGCUCUCCCAAACUCGCAAACCCUCACUUCCCUAGUCUAGGGCAACAAAUCUUUUCGCCACCACCAAUUCUCUUUUAUUUCGACUUUAAACAAUCCACUCGACGAGACGCUUCGCUCGCCCUCUCGCCUUCUGACGCCUCCAAAAUGACCAAGAGAACCAAGAAGGCCGGUAUUGUUGGGAAGUACGGCACUCGAUAUGGUGCUAGUCUGAGGAAGCAGAUUAAGAAAAUGGAAGUUAGUCAACACAGUAAAUACUUCUGCGAGUUCUGCGGGAAGUUUGCAGUGAAGAGGAAGGCUGUAGGAAUCUGGGGUUGCAAGGAUUGUGGAAAAGUGAAAGCAGGAGGUGCAUAUACAUUGAACACUGCUAGUGCCGUGACUGUUAGGAGCACCAUCCGGAGGCUUAGGGAGCAGACCGAGAGCUGAAACUGAAUUCCACAUGUUCGUCUUUAAUUUUGACAUUAUUAAUCUGAAUGUAGUUGAGAGAUGUCUGAACAGAAGUGGAGUAUCUGUUUUGUUUUAUAUUUUUGAUUAAAUGCCUUGUUUGGGAGAUACAGACAGAGAUUCAACUUGAGCUGGGUUACGCGGUUUAUCAUUAGUGUUUGCUUCGUUUACAA